AUGUCGGCUCAUGCAAAACCAUUGACUCAAUUCUUUUUAGAUGAUCUUACUAAGGACGUUUCCGAUGGUGAUAUAUGUAAGGAUGCCGAAUGGAAUCAGUUUUAUACAAUUGGUACAGUGACUGGAGCAUAUGCUGAUCUAUUGCGAAAUUUAUGGUUAACUGAAAAAAAUAUUAACCUUUAUUCAUCGUUUCGACCGACUCACCUAAAAGAAAUCAUUGGUGUUCAAGCUGCACGGUUUGCUACUUGGGAUCAGCAAGAUGCUCAAGAAUUUAUGACUUUUCUUCUUGUUGAAAUACGUAGAGAAUUGAAAGAAAAUAAUCCGAAUAAUUCAAAUACCAUUAUAGAAGAACUAUUUUUCGGUAAAAUAGAAUCUGCAAUUACUUGUCUUGAGUGUCAACAUGAAGAGAAAACGAUAAACCUUAUUAGUUUCUUGCCAUUGCCACUAACUCAACAAGGACGUAAAUUUAUGGUCACAUUUAUUGCUAAAUAUAGAAAUAAUGACGUGGCAUGUGUCAAUGUACAUGAAAAUGGUCAAGUGAAAAAUCUGAUAGAAGCAUUUGUUGAAUCAUUUUCUCAUCGAUACUUCACUAAUAAAAUUAUAGCCAUGGCAAAUGAUGAAGAACUUGACUUAGAAAUGCCACUGAAUCAGUUAUCUACAUCUGACGUAAUACUUGUCGAAAAGGGUGAUUUCGCAAGCAGUAAUCAAUUUAAUCGAUUCAAUAGGAGUGUAAAAAAAUUAACUCUUGAAAGUUGCCUUCGAGAAUUUUGCUCAUUGGAACGUUUAGAAGACGCAUGGCCAUGUCAACAAGAAAAAUGUAAAAAAUAUACGAAAGCAACAAAACAACUUCAAUUUUAUAGUCUUCCAUCUAUACUCAUUAUACAAUUGAAGCGAUUUUCACAUGAAAAUGGUUUACGACAAAAAGUAGACACAUUUGUAGAUUAUCCAAUAAAUGGUCUAGAUUUAAGUAGUUUUAUUUUAUCAUCAGAAAAAAUUAUUUACGAUUUAUUUGCUGUUAGUAAGCAUAUGGGAUCAAUAUAUGGUGGUCAUUAUAUAGCAUGUGCUAGACACGAAACAAACGGUAAAAGUGAAUCGUACAAAUUCGAUGAUUCGUACGUAUCAUCGAUGUGUUACGAAACGGAUAUCGUUUCAGCAGAUGCCUAUCUUCUUUUCUACAUCAAAAGGGAGAAGCUGAAAUAA